GAUUGCAGCAGCCGCAGCUCCGCGCCGAACCCCGCCGUACAGAGCCGCCGGGAGAGCCCGGACCCCCCGCCUCAGCAUGCGUGAGUGCAUCUCAGUCCACGUGGGCCAGGCUGGCGUGCAGAUGGGCAACACGUGCUGGGAGCUGUACUGCCUGGAGCACGGCAUCCAGCCCGACGGGCAGAUGCCCAGCGACAAAACCAUCGGCGGGGGCGAUGACUCCUUCACCACCUUCUUCUGCGAGACCGGGGCUGGGAAGCACGUCCCACGGGCCAUCUUCGUGGACCUGGAGCCCACCGUCAUUGAUGAAGUUCGGGCCGGAAUCUACCGCCAGCUCUUCCACCCAGAGCAGCUGAUCAAUGGCAAGGAGGAUGCUGCCAACAACUACGCCCGUGGGCACUACACCAUUGGCAAAGAGAUCAUCGACCAAGUGCUGGACAGGAUCCGCAAGCUGGCUGACCAGUGCACGGGCCUCCAGGGAUUCCUUGUGUUUCACAGCUUCGGAGGUGGCACCGGCUCCGGAUUCACCUCCCUGUUGAUGGAGCGUCUCUCUGUUGACUACGGCAAGAAAUCCAAGCUGGAGUUCUCCAUCUACCCUGCACCACAGGUUUCCACCGCUGUGGUAGAGCCCUACAACUCCAUCCUCACCACACACACCACCCUGGAGCACUCGGACUGUGCCUUUAUGGUGGACAAUGAGGCCAUCUAUGACAUCUGCCGCAGGAACCUGGACAUCGAGCGCCCAACCUACACUAACCUCAACAGACUCAUCAGCCAGAUCGUCUCAUCCAUCACAGCUUCGCUGCGCUUCGAUGGGGCCCUGAAUGUCGACCUGACCGAGUUCCAGACCAACCUGGUGCCCUACCCUCGCAUCCACUUCCCCCUGGCCACCUAUGCUCCAGUCAUCUCCGCAGAGAAAGCUUAUCACGAGCAGCUGUCGGUGGCCGAGAUCACCAACUCCUGCUUCGAGCCGGCCAACCAGAUGGUGAAGUGCGACCCUCGCCACGGCAAGUACAUGGCGUGCUGCCUGCUGUACCGCGGGGACGUGGUGCCCAAGGACGUCAACGCCGCCAUCGCCACCAUCAAGACCAAGCGCAGCAUCCAGUUUGUGGACUGGUGCCCCACGGGCUUCAAGGUGGGCAUCAACUACCAGCCGCCCACGGUGGUGCCGGGGGGAGACCUGGCCAAGGUGCAGCGCGCCGUCUGCAUGCUGAGCAACACCACGGCCAUCGCCGAGGCCUGGGCUCGCCUGGACCACAAGUUCGACCUGAUGUACGCCAAGAGAGCCUUUGUGCACUGGUACGUGGGCGAGGGCAUGGAGGAAGGGGAGUUCUCCGAGGCACGGGAAGACAUGGCCGCCCUGGAGAAGGAUUACGAGGAGGUGGGGCUGGACUCCUACGAGGACGAAGAGGAGGGCGAGGAGUAGAGCAGCCCCUGCCGAAAAGGACCGUGCUCCUUCCACGCCUUCCCUGCACAGCCCCUUUGCAAUAAACCGUUUCAGAGCCUCUGUGUCUCCCCCUUCCCCCCUGAGCCGUGUCGGUUUCUUGCCAGGUCAGGUGUGUGGUG